AUCAGCCGAUUGAGCGCUACACCAAGCUCCGCUUGGUAUUUGUCCCUCGGACUAUAUAUUUCUAGAAGCGACCCUACUACCGUCAAGUCAAUUAGUACAUCUCUUCGAAGCUAUUUAAUGCGAUAAAAAUUUGUACUAGCUCCCUUUUGCCAUUGCCACGUAAAUCAGGCACAAUAUUGGCAUAUAUUAUCGUGUUUGUGUGUAGGCCGUUAAACAAUGGCCCCUACCUCGGGAAGAAGAUUUUAAUCAAGCACCUGGAAAAGAAAACCUUCUACCGCUACCUUGGAGAGCGAAUUAGCUUACAACCGUAUCCUGAUGCAGUAGAAUAAAUUAAACAAGACAGCCCUACAGAGACAAGACAGCCCAACAACGUAGCCCUAGACUUCCCUUAACUACCGGCGACGACAAAUUCUACAGGGAUUGGGGACCUCCUUUAGGAACUGUAACGGAAGGACUUAAAGCUGAGUAAAUUUUUACCUUUAUAACUUUUGUACCGAUUACCAGCGGGGUCUCGGUCACGGGCUUAGAAAAUUAACUUGUUAUCAGUAUACAAUAAAAAUGAUUUUUGUUAAGUUUUUUUUAUAUUUCAAUAAAUAGCGUAUAUAAAAAUGAUUAGGUAGACUUUUUAUUUCCUGUACCUUUUCUGGGAUGGGUGUGAAGGGAGAAUGAACAGGGAACGAACCCAGGGCUGAGCGGUCGGGCAGGGCACCAUUCUGAUGGAUGGAACGGUGGACGUUUUUCUUUUGAAUAUCCUAAGGGAUGUUCGAGGAAUUCCUCCCAUCGUUUCUCCCAACAGUGUGGUGUUGCUUAAUGCCCUGGUCUUGUUAUGAUCAGGAUGUUACAAAAUGGCCCCCAAUAAAACCUGUUUUUUCUUUCUCGCGCUUAUCCUAGUCAGGAUGCAGGAAAUAGAAAUUUACUUUUAAACUAUAUUGCAGAAUUUUAUCGCUAAAAAUUUUAAAAUAUCUUUAUUUUACAAUUUCAAUUUAAUUCGUUAGUAGAUAUUAAUAUUCACUCUGCUGUUUUUGUCUAUUUUCAACAUUAAUGGCGUAGCUUAAAAUACUAGUUUUUACAUUUUAUUUUUCUUUGAUAAAUGUUCGUUUUGCUUAAUUGCCUUUUGCCGGUAUUAGCAACCCAUAUUUAAUGAUAUCUAUAAAAUAUUUUGUCGCUAAUAUUUAUUAUUGCGAUACAUUUUUAAUGUGGUAGUGUAUUAUAAUAUACCGUUUGUCCCAAAAAUACUAAAUUUUCAGGACUUACAUUUUCUUAUGCUGAAUUAAUUUUAUUUAACUAUCUUUAAAACUAUCUUUACUAUUUUUAAAUUUUACUCCCUUUAAUUAAUUUUGAAUUGUAGUUACUAUCGUUGUAUUCUUCAUUCUUCGCCCGCUGUGAAUUUCUGUCUUUUUUCUUUUACAACUAUCCUCUCAGAUUUUUCAACUAUCUUCUCGUUGUUAAUCAUGCCUCUCCCUUUCAAUCUCAACCACCUAAAAACGGAGGAAUUGGCCUACGAACUCACCAUUAGAGGUUCUACAGUGCCCGAAAAUGUUGCGGUGCGUAGGAAAUCACUGAGAGCGUUGCUUACUGAAGAAAAGAAGACAGCCCCAGAAUAUAAGUUGACUCCGGCUUUUACGCAGGAUGUCAAAGACGCUAAGAAAACGUACCAGGAGUUAAAAACUUUGGUCGAGGGUUUUACUGGUACUAGUGCAACUCCUAGCUAUCGGACUAUUUCCGAUCGUUUUCAACAUCUAUCCGAAAGAGCACGUCGCAUGGCCGCUUCAGAUGAAAAGGAAGAAGAGACCAAGCAAAAAUUUAAAAUGGACGUAUCCAUACUUUUUGGCGAGUUGGAGGAAAAACUGGGAAAUCCUCAAGAUGAAGAGGAGCCUCAACACUUCUCUUCUACACCUAUUGCCUCUCCUUCUUUUCUUACUGCGUCAAAACCUAUUCCCGUGCACAAAUGGGGAAUAAGAAAAUUUUCUGGGGGUACAAACCUCAUCCCUUUUCUUGAACAACUUAAUGUCUUAAAACAGUCUAGAGGAUGCAAGGAUUCUGAUCUUUUUCUCUCCGCCGGAGAUCUUUUCGAAGGCUCUGCCUUCACUUGGUGGCAUAACCACUAUUUAAAAAAGUCAUUUGCUUCUUGGGAUGAGUUAGUUUCAACUUUGAAACAAACCUAUCUACCUGACAACUAUGAUAGAGCCUUAUGGGAACAAAUUCGUACUAAACAGCAAGGUCCUGAUGAGCCUUUUUUCUCUUUUAUAGCCGAUUGUGAGGCACUCUUCAAUCGUCUUGAAAAAAAUGUUUCAGAAGCGGAGCGAGUGGAAGAAAUUAGGUUAGGUCUUCUUCCUGAUUUUGUUAUGGGUCUUGCUAUGGUUAAAACCCCCACUGUUGCUGAUCUCAUUAAUGCGUGUAAGUGCAUAGAAACUUCUCGUGCAAUUUGUUCUUCCCGUUCUAAGCAGUCCACUUCCCUACCUCAAAGAUUCAGAGAAACAUGUUCUUUGAACGUAAUUUGCUGGAAUUGCCGAACUAAAGGACACGUCUAUCAGGAUUGCCAAUCCGAAGCUACUAUUUUCUGUUACAGCUGUGGAAGACAGCGUGUUACAAAGGCGAGGUGUCCGAAAUGUUCUAACGUUCAAAAAAACGACCAUACUGGCGUCACCAUCAACCCGCCAGCACUAUCUUCCACCCCACAACAAGGAAGACCCGCGGACCAACCCAGCGCACCCCGUCAUUAA